AUACUCCGUAAUGGUUUAUGCCCGUAUGUUUCUUCAAUCUUCUUCGCCGGCGUUCUGAUCUCUCUCUCGAUCUUCAUAAUAAUCCGAUCAUCUUGGUCUGAGUGACUGAAUUCGCAGUAUUUGAUUCGAGAAGAAUUAGGAAUUUAAUACCGUGAGAUAAAUAACAAGGGGGAAGACACAGAAAUGAUGUUACCGAUGGUUGAUUGCCGGGGAUUGAUCGAAUUCUGCAGGGCUUUCGAGCAGCACAAGAACAGGUCCCGAUUCCAAUCCAGCAAGAACAAACAAUCCCAGGAUAAGAAUCCCUUCUGCUCCGAUCACUCUCCCAUGGCCGCUCUUGAUUUGGUGUUACUCAUCCUGGUAAUCGGAUCUCUAGGUUUUCUCCUAAUCCCCUAUUUCACUUCGGUGUUCGCCGAGGCUUUUCCGAUUCUCUGCGAAAUCGUCGUGGAGUGCGUCAACGACACCCCGGUGGAGUAUUUUGUUGGCCUUGUGGCGGCGCUCUUGGGAGUUCUCGUCGUGAUCGUGGCGUGGGAGAUCCUGGAUUUGCGGUCUAGGAAGUGCGGGAAUCCCAAGUGUCAGGGCUUGAGGAAAGCGGUGGAGUUUGAUAUCCAGCUGGAGUCGGAGGAGUGCCUCAAGUAUUUGCCGCCGGACGCGACCUUCAACGGGAACGCCUUCUAUAAUUACGGGGUGAAGCCGUUGGAACUGGGGCAGGAUCGCAAGGAGCUGGAGGCGGAGCUGAAGAGGAUGGCACCGCCUAACGGUCGCACCGUUCUCAUCUUCCGGGCACCCUGCGGCUGCCCUGCAGGUAGAUUGGAGGUUUGGGGGAAUAAGAAAAUUCGUAGAGUUAAGAAAUGAAUUUUAUACGGAGGGAGGGAGUUCGUAGAGUUAUAGCUCUUAGUUUGUUAUUGUUCCAGCAGGAUCCAUCCUUAUACAAUGAUGAAUAAAGUAGGAGAUAUCAUCAAAUCAGUUUCGUGCAAUACAAAUAAGUAUUUUGACGAUGUAGCAAAACAAUACAUAACACUUGAUUUUGUAUAUUAUACUAAUUCUUCUUUAUGUUUUUUUUUUCCCCUUACACCUAGUGUUUGGUGAGAUCA